AUGGCCUUGCCACUUGCAAACUCCCCGACACCGGCAUUUAUCGAGAACAACCUCAAGUUUACGCCGUACUUUUCGAAAUGCCGCAUGGCGAUUGACGGCACCCACAUUCCGGUAUGGGUCAAAUCAGAUCAAGGUGCUCCAUUUCAAGGCCGCAAGGGAGUCACUAUGAACGUUCUGGCAGCCUGCAAUUUUGACCUGCAAUUUACCUACGUGCUGGAGGGCUGGGAGGGGUCAGCCGGAGACGGCAAAGUGUAUGCCGAUGCACUGGAGAAAGGCUUGACAAUGGACGACGACAAAUACGACAUUGCUGAUGCGGGCUUUGGUUUGACCCUGCGUUGCCUCACACCAUACGGUACUCGGUACCAUUUGAAAGAGUACGGUUUGGGACGCUUGAAGCCCCAACGCAAUGAAGAGAUUUUCAACCUCCGACAUGCCCUAGUUCGAAACUGCAUUGAGCGAAUAUUCGGCAUUGUGAAGAAGCGAUUUCCAGUUAUGUCGCAUGGGGUUCGUUACGAUUACGGGUUCCAGCUCAAGCCGCAGCACUGA